GAAGAUCAAGAUGUAGCACCAAUGGAGACAAAAGAGAAAGAACGUCUUUAUUUAGCAAUCCAGGGAUUUAUAGGGAAGCAGUGGAAUGGCUCAGAUCUCUAUCCAGAUCCCUGUGGAUGGACGCCAAUUCAGGGAGUGUCCUGUGAUUUAUUCGAUGGCUUUUGGUAUGUUACCGGACUAAGCAUUGGUCCAAUAUACGACAACUCUCUCCAGUGCACCAAUGCAAAAUUCUCACAUCAAUUCUUCGAACUCACUCACCUUAGGUCUCUCUCAUUCUUCAAUUGUUUCUCCUCACCAAGCCAAAACCCUACUGAAAUACCCUCAUCAAACUGGGAAAAUUUUGCUUCCUCAUUGGAAUCUUUAGAAUUUCGAUCAAACCCCGCUCUCAUUGGCACUAUUCCAACAAGUUUUGGCGGCCUUAAAAGGCUCCAAUCUUUAGUGUUACUAGAAAAUGGUUUGACUGGCAAAAUACCUAUGGAGUUGGGCAAUUUGGUCAAUUUAAGGCGUCUUGUUCUCUCCGGAAACCGGUUCAAUGGUGAGAUUCCGGUAAGUUUUCGGGGGUUGACCGAGGUCUUGAUAAUAGACUUAAGCAGGAAUAAUCUAUCCGGGUCAAUGCCAUUGACUUUGGGAGGUUUUACUUCACUCUUGAAGCUUGAUUUAAGUAAUAACAAGUUUGAAGGAAAGCUGCCAAAGGAGAUUGGAAACUUAAAAAAUGUUACAUUAGUUGACCUGAGGAGUAACAAAUUUUCAGGUGGAUUGGUUCAGUCACUUGAAGAAAUGAUUUCCUUGAAAGAAAUGGCAAUGUCUAGUAAUCCAAUUGGUGGUGAACUCAGUGAAAUUCAAUGGGAAAAUCUUCGGAACUUGGAGAUUUUGGAUCUCUCAAACACGAAUUUGACGGGUGAAAUACCAGAGUCGAUGGCCAAAUUGAAAAGACUACGAUUUUUGGGGCUUAAUGAUAAUAAACUCUCGGGAAAUAUCCCUCCAAAGACUGUAACUAUGCCAAGCCUUAAUGCUCUUUACCUUAAUGGGAACAACUUCACAGGGAAACUCGAAGUCUCCGUUUGGUUUUAUAAGAAAAUGGGUAGGCGUUUUGGUGCUUGGAACAAUCCGAAUCUGUGUUACAAAGCGGAAUUCACUUCGACAGUUCAUGUUCCUUACGAGGUGAAACCUUGUUAA